GUUUCAACGCACAGUGGCUUACGGCCUGGCAGAGUUUAGAGACACACUGUCGAUCUUUUUCGUCGCUAUAUACAUUCCGUCAACAACAUGUCUGGUCGUGGUAAAGGAGGAAAGGUUAGAGCAAAGGGAAAGAGCAGAAGCAGUCGCGCUGGACUGCAGUUCCCUGUUGGACGUAUCCAUCGUCUGCUUCGUAAGGGCAACUAUGCCGAGAGGGUUGGCGCUGGAGCUCCCGUCUACCUGGCUGCCGUCGUUGAGUACCUGACCGCUGAGGUGCUCGAAUUGGCCGGUAACGCUGCUCGCGACAACAAGAAGUCAAGAAUUAUCCCACGUCAUCUGCAGCUGGCCAUCCGCAACGACGAGGAGUUGAACAAGCUGCUCUCCGGAGUCACCAUCAGCCAGGGAGGUGUCUUGCCCAACAUCCAGGCUGUCCUGCUGCCAAAGAAGUCUGCCAAGGCCCAUUAAAUGGGAAUCAGCGCCUGUACUAGUGAAACCAACCGGCCCUUUUCAGGGCCACCAUUUCUUCCCAGAAAUGAUUUUCUACAUUUGCAAUUCAUCAUUAUUAUAUUAUUUGAACGGUCUAAGUGCAUGCGAUAUAGGCUACAUGUUUUUGACGCCAAUAACGGCAUCGGGCUGCUAAUUAGUACUACUACACGUUACGGCACCAUAAAUCAUUGCAAGCUAUGGCUGCACAAGCAGCACUAUGAAUUAGACAUGGUCAAACGUGAAAAGAUUGCCUGUGUACAUAAAACCUAGUCCAAAUGUUAAAAGCCGUUUUCAAUUCAUAAUUAUAAUCUUCUAAUAAUGGUUUCUAGUUAUCAGGUGUGCAUAGUCCAAUAGUGCGUACGCACAUAGCAAUUGUAUCCCCGUGUUACACUGAUAACGCAGUAAGCAGUCUUAUCAUCGAUGUAUAUUUCGCUAUGGUAAAAUCAUUGCAGUCGGACAUUUUAUAACAUAGAUCAUAUACUAUCAAGAGCGUGUUAAGUACGCUUUUGA